CUAGUACCCAUAUGGGAUCCUGGUGUGUUCAAGGCAAGGACGUUAGCCACUAGGACGCCAGGCCAGGCCCUCCCAUCUUCCUCUUUUGUGACUCAAGUCACAGGAUCAAGUGCUGAGCAGUGUGGCCACAGAGGGAACUAGGAAGCUCUUGAAUGAGCAGGGUGGCAGAGGAGAGGGGCUUAGGUGAGCAAGCAGGGGGAGGUGAAGGUGUAGGCACUGCCAGGGACCAUGGCAGAGGUCAUCACCUAUGCAGACCUGCGGUUCGUGAAGGCUCCUCUGAGGAAGAACAUCUCCCACCCAGGGCAUGAAUCUGAUGAAGAUGGGGAUAUCACCUAUGAGAACGUGCAGGUGCCUUCAGCCCCUGAGGCUCCCACAGGCCUGAUGCUACUCCCUGGACCAGAAAACCAAGCAGAGUUCCACAUGGAACAGCCAGCUGCAAGGAGCAGUGCCAUAUCCUCAGUUGCUGAGCAAAUGCUCCUCUGUCAUGGCCAUCCCUGCUGCUCACAGUACCUCCUGCUCGGCCUGCUCCUCACCUGCCUGCUGCUGGGGGUGGCUGCUAUCUGCCUGGGCAUGCAAUAUCAGCAGGCAUCUCAGCAGUUUGGGCAGCUGGGCAGGCUGCUGGAAUCUACCAACAGCAGCCUUCAGGAGCAGCUCCACCUCAGAACUGUCCAGCUGGGGCAGAUGGAAAAGGACCUACAGAACUCCAAGGAACAGCUGACCCAGAGCCAAAAAACACUAGAGGAGGAGCAGAGGGCACACCAGGCCACGCAAGUACAGCUGGAAAUCCACCAAGCCGAAAAAGAGAAGACGCAAAAGUCCCUGCAAAUGGAGGUGGCACAGAGGCAGGCUGUGCAGCAGAAGCUGAACCACCUGCAGGACACACUGAAGCCCUUCUUCACUUGUUCCUCACAAGACGUCUGCUGUGUGUUGGGCUGGAUACCCACCCAGGGAAGAUGCUUUCACGUCUCAUUCACCAAGAGAAAUUGGCAGAGUAGCCAGGAGUAUUGCAAAUCUCUGUUAUCCAACAUGGCC